GCUGUCACUUGGAGGAUGGAGGCGUGUUCCAAAUGAACCAAGCACAAGAAUGGAAUCCUUGUUCCCUCUUGACUGGCCCAGAAUCCGGCAACCAACUGAGGUCUUUGUUUCCUUAGCUACUCUUCUACAAGUUCAGUUAGUGGAGUUUGUUGCUGAACGUGUUUUACAAAAGAUACUACCGAGUAAUCUCAAGAAGUGAUGCAAAAUUCAGCAAGAAGGUUGGAUGAAGUUGAAGGACAAUAUCCGUACUUCUCCAGGUCAGAAGGGGAAUAAAAGCCAGCAAGAGUGAACUGUAGCAAAAGUUGAUGCUUCAUGCUGACUGCUAAAGCAACAUAGAAUGAAUCUCAACGAUGCAUCUGCCACCCAUUCCUAGAGCAGCUUCCAUUGUCAUCACCAUCAUCAAACCCUUCCUACCAACUUACCAUUCUUGCCUUCUUAGGUCGUUGCCAUUUUCGUCAUGUUCUUCAUCCUCUUCGACAUGGUUUUCUGUUCUUCGCAGUGCCAUUGCCACCUCCAACUUGCUACUCGGAAAGUGUGCACAUGCGCGUAUACUCAAAUCAAAACAAUGCCUGGAUCGUUUUUUAAUCAACAAUCUCAUCACCACGUACAACAAAUGUGGGUCACUUCUGUUAGCACGUCGGCUGUUUGAUAUAUCGCCUGAAAGAGACCUUGUUACCUGGAAUGCCAUUCUCGCUGCAUAUGCGGAUGCUGGACAUGCCGAGCCUGAGAAUAUCCAAGCGGGGUUUUACCUUUUCCGCCUUCUCCGUAAAUCUGUUGUCUCAACUAGUCGUCAUACUCUGGCCCCUGUGUUUAAGAUGUGUCUGCUCUCAGGUUAUUCCUGGGCUUCAGAGGCUGUGCAUGGGUAUGCCAUCAAGAUUGGACUACAGUGGGAUGUGUUUGUUGCCGGGGCCCUGGUUAAUAUAUACUCUAAAUUUAAACAAAUCAGAGAGGCCCGUAUGUUGUUUGAUGGAAUGCCUUUACGGGAUGUUGUGUUGUGGAACGUCAUGCUGAAGGCGUAUGUGGAAAUGGGUCUUGUGGAUGAGGCGCUGCUUCUCUUCUCAGAGUUCCAUAGAAGUGGGUUGCGUCCUGAUGUUAUCAGUGUCCGUACUCUUAUUAUGGGCAUAAGACAAACCAAAUUUGAAAAGCAGUUAAGUCAGCUUCAAGCUUAUAUGGCAAAGUUGUUUCUUUGCGAUGAUGAUUCUGAUGUUAUUGUGUGGAACAAGGCAUUGUCCGACUAUCACCAAGCAGGGGAAGUUUGGCCGGCUAUUGAUUGCUUUAUAGAUAUGAUCAGAUCAAAAGUAGCGUAUAAUAGCUUGACAUUUGUUGUGAUUCUUUCUGUUGUUGCAAGCAUAAAUCAUCUUGAAUUGGGAAAACAGAUUCAUUGCAUACUUGUAAAAUCAGGUUUGGAUCAAGUUGUAUCUGUUGCCAAUAGUCUUCUAAACAUGUACAUAAAAGCAGAUUCUAUUGACCUUGCAAAAAGAUUGUUCAAUCAACUGAAAGAAGUGGAUCUAAUAUCAUGGAACACUAUGAUAUCAGGUUGUGCUGUGAGUGGUGUAGAGGAGGAGUCUGUACGUAUGUUUAUUGAUUUAUUAUGCAGUGGUCUAACACCGGAUCAGUUCACCAUUGCAAGUGUUUUGAGGGCCUGCUCCUCUCUUAAAGAGGGGUUCUAUCUUGGCAAUCAGAUUCACGUUCAUUCAAUUAAAACUGGUAUUAUCAGUGAUUCCUUUGUUUCAACAUCGCUAAUUGAUGUCUAUUCUAAGAGCGGAAUGAUGGAGGAGGCUGAGUUACUUUUUGAAAACCAAGAUGAGUUUGAUUUAGCAACUUGGAAUGCCAUGAUGUCUGGAUACAUAAUGAGCAACAGCAAUCACAAAGCUUUGAGGCUCUUCAGUCUACUUCAUAAUAGAGGAGAGAGGGUGGAUGAAAUUACUUUGGCAAAUGUAGCCAAAGCCUCUGCUUGCUUGGUGGGGCUUGAAGAAGGAAAACAAAUUCAUGCUGUUGUUAUAAAAAGGGGGUUCAAUUUAGAUUUGUAUGUCAUCAGUGGUAUUCUAGGCAUGUAUCUAAAAUGUGGAGAUUUGGAAUGUGCACAGGUAACUUUCAAUGAGAUUCCUAUGCCUGAUGAUGUAGCAUGGACUACUAUGAUUUCAGGAUGUGUGGAAAAUGGAGAUGAGGAACAUGCUACUUUCAUAUACCAUCAGAUGAGGCUUGCUGGGGUGCAGCCUGAUGAGUAUAUGUUUGCCACCCUUAUCAAAGCUAGUUCGCUUUUGACUGCAUUGGAACAGGGGAAACAGAUUCAAGCAAAUGCUAUAAAGUUGAGUUGUGCUUCCGAUCCUUAUGUCAUGACUGCGCUUGUUGACAUGUAUGCCAAGUGUGGGAACAUAGAAGAUGCAUAUGGCUUAUUUAAAAGAAUGAAGAUGAGAAGCAUUGCCUUAUGGAAUGCAAUGUUGGUAGGAUUAGCUCAGCAUGGAAAAGCUGAAGAGGCCCUCUACCUUUUCAAGGAAAUGAAAUCUAGGGGUGUCACGCCAGAUAGAGUUACUUAUAUUGGAGUCCUUUCUUCUUGUAGUCAUUCUGGUUUAAUAUCCGAAGCCUAUGAAAAUUUUUAUUCCAUGCAGAAAGAUUAUGGCAUUAAGCCUGAGGUUGAACAUUAUUCUUGUCUUGUUGAUGCCCUUAGUCGUGCAGGGCAUAUUCAAGAAGCUGAAAAGGUGAUAUUAUCAAUGCCCUUUAAAGCGUCUGCUUCAAUGUAUAGAACACUGCUUAAUGCUUGUAGGCUGCAAGGAGACAAAGAGACAGGAAAACGUGUGGCUGAAAAGCUCUUUUCAUUGGAGCCAUCUGAUUCAGCAGCUUAUGUUCUUUUAUCCAAUAUCUAUGCAUAUGCUAAUCAGUGGGACAACGUGACAAGUGCUAGAAAUAUGAUGAAAAGGAUCAAUGUUAAGAAGGAUCCAGGAUUUAGUUGGGUAGAUGUGAAGAACAAGGUGCAUUUGUUUGUAGCUGGCGAUAGAUCACAUGAAGAAUCUGAUUUGAUAUAUGAUAUGGUGGAAUAUAUGAUAAAGAAGAUCAGAGAAGGAGGAUAUGUUCCUGAUAUAGACUUUGUACUUGUUGAUAUAGAAGAAGAGGAAAAAGAACGUGCUCUAUAUUAUCAUAGUGAGAAGCUAGCAAUUGCUUAUUGUCUCAUAAGCACUCCGCCAUUAACCACCAUAAGGGUAAUUAAAAACCUUAGGGUGUGUGGAGAUUGCCAUAAUGCAAUUAAAUAUGUGUCAAAAGUUUUUCAGCGAGAGAUAGUUGUGAGAGAUGCAAAUCGAUUUCAUCAUUUCGGAAGUGGGGUCUGCUCUUGUGGUGAUUACUGGUGAUGAUGUAGUCUAUCUUCGUACUAAUUUUGUAAACUCCUUCUUGACAACUUGCAUGGUUAUGAAUUCUGUUUCUUUCUCUUUUGA